AUGUCGCAAGGGCUCCCGGCCGCCGGGAGCGUCCUGCAGAGGAGCUUCGCGGCUCCGGGGAACCAGGCGCAGCCGCAGGGGCCUCAGCAUCACACCUGACCAAACCUUCCCCCCCAGAGCCCUGAGGAUGAUGACAGGAAGGUCCGAAGGAGGGAAAAAAACCGAGUUGCUGCUCAGAGAAGCCGGAAGAAGCAGACCCAGAAGGCUGACAAACUCCAUGAGGAGUAUGAGUGCCUGGAGCAAGAAAACACAGUGCUGCGGAGAGAGAUCGGGAAGCUGACGGAGGAGGUGAAGCACCUGAGCGAGGUGCUGAAAGAGCACGAGAAGAUGUGCCCGCUGCUGCUCUGCCCCGUGAACUUUGUGCCGGUGCCGCGGCUGGACCCCGUGGCUGGCUGCCUGCCCCGGUGA